UGUGUCUCUGUGUGUGUGUCCGUCCGAGCGGCUGUCGGGCGAAUGGAGGCAACGGACGUGUCGGACUGUGAGAGCGACGAGAGCGUCGUGGCGGCCUCGGUCCAGGAGAGCGACGGCGAGAGCACACCUGACCUGAACAGGAUGCUGUUCUUUCAUAAAAAUGCUAUUCAGCUCUAUCAUACAAUGAGCGAUUUUACAUCAGGGUCAGAUGAACCAAUUGGAGGAAUUUAUUCACCUGUGAUACAGAUGAUUCCCAAAUCUACAUAUUUUCGAUUAAAUGAUGAAAAUCAUCAGCAGCAGCAAGUGAAUAGCCAGGCUUAUAAUGGAAUAGCACAAUUCGACCAAUCUCAGUCAUUAUUAAGGUUUGGGAUGAACUAUUUGUCUGGUGUUUCAAGCACUCAAAAUAGUAUUCCCCUAGUGCAAAACGUAGUUAUUGAAAACAACUACAGUCUAGAAAACGAAGAAACUACAACCAUUGACAUGGUCGAUGCUAUGCAAUUAGGAACUAAUGAACAGGAAAUUGCUGUUGAAGAGGAUUCUCCAGAAAUAAAUCUGCUCACAGGAGCUAUUAUUACUGCAACACCAUCAGCAAAAAAAAGGAGAGUAUUACAACCUAUAGACUUGUCAGGAGCAGACUCUGCAACAGCCAGUUGGUCAGAGGUGUAUGAAGAUGCACCAUUGCAGGAAGAAGUGGCAGUGUCGUCAGUGGUAAAAUCAUUAAUAUCAACGGUUGUGCUAUCAGAACCAGAGACAGGUCAAGCCAGUGAACAGCCAGUGAUAGAGUCACUGAACCCACUAAAUGAAAUCUUGUCAGAGCAAAACAACGUUGAAUCAAUAGCAAAACAACUAGUAGCAGGCAAUGUAUUGUCACCAGUGAACUUGUUCAGACCACUCAGCAGUGAGUCAUUAACUAAAUCACCAAUGAAUAUGGCACCUUUGAUCAAAUGUCAGUUUGCGCAGAAAGAUGGGUCAAUACUGAUUGAGACAAUGGAAGAAAAACGUCAAGAGGUGCCCGUGGAAUUGUUAGCACCAAUGAACAGAAUGCCAUUGUUUAAUUCAGACAUGAAACCAUCAGCAGCAACAAAUAAUAAAUUGGUAGUUCAUUCAUCCAAUGAAAGGACCCUGGGAUUCAAGAAUGAUGGCUUUAUGCUUCAUGAAGGUGAUACACAGGCUGACGAUGACCUUACACAAGUAACAGAUUAUGAUCUACAUUCACAAUCUUUGAUAGAAAAUGAGAAUCUGGGGCCCACAAGUGUUCAGCUUUCAGCUGAUAAGAAUGAAGCUGCAGCAGAUCCUUCUGAAUGUGAACCUGUGGAAAAUAUAGAAAAAGGCCAGGACAUCAAGAAAACAAGCAACAGUUCACAUCAAGAUGAUGCAGUUAAGAUUUGCAUUCCACGAAAAUCUACAAGGAGAAGAGUUAAUCUAGACCGUCUGUGCUUUAACUUGCAUGUUUCUCAGUGUCACAACUCUCAACCCUUCCAAUAUUCAGCGGAGAGAAAGAGAAAAGCACCGUCUUCUGACUGUGAAGAUCUCUCAGAGAAACUGCUGAACCACAGAAAAACAAAGAGAGUGCAAAACUCCCAACAUUCAGCAAGAGAUUGUAAAAACAGUAACGUUCCAUCAUUAGCAUGUAUUGAAUUCUCACAGAACGUGCAAACUAAGAAAUGUGCAAAUGUGCAAACUAAGGAAGCGCAGUUCAUUAAAAAUACCAAGACAUUUAUGAUUCAGCCUCAACAAGGCAAUAGGAAAACUAGGGCAGAAUUACGUAAAGCACAGAAUCACAAGAAACGCAACAGGACUACCUUUUCCACUGGAAAAGCAGAUGAGGAAAGAAAAAAACUAACAGGUGAUGAAGCUGGCAGUAAGCAAAGGUCUUCACAGUUUAGGAAGAUACAUACAAGAAGUUCGUCUCAGCAUUCAAAAGCCAAAAAAGAAACUAGCCUAAGUUGUGAUACCCAAAGCAAGGCCAGAAAUAAUAGGAAUGCAGAGAAUAUUGUAGGUAGUGAAUCAUCACUGAGCUCCUUGACAGCAUCUGCUUCCAGUAGUUUUCCUUUCUCACUGGCUCACGCAAAUAGGAGAAACCUUUAUGGAGAGACAAAAUUACACAUAGCUGUGAAGAAUCGGGACCUGAACAUGCUUCGAGCAUUUAUACAAGCAGGUGUCAAUGUAAAUCUGCCAGAUCAUGCAGGCUGGACACCACUGCACGAAGCAAGCCUUCAAGGUUUCCAUGAGAUAGUACAAGAGUUGCUAUCAGCUGGAGCGGAAGUUAACUGUAAAGGGGACUGUGGUGUAACACCUCUACAGGAUGCAGCCAUCAGUGGGCACUAUCAGCACGGAGCUAUUGCUAUUCAAAAUGCUGACAUUGGGAAAUGUGCACAAUAUGUUAUCGAUGGGAAGAUAAAGAGACUGAUUGAUAACCAGCAACAAAAGCGAUUGGAAAAAGGCAUUACGAAGAUUGGAAAUAAGCAACUUCUGAGAGGUGUUGAUUUUAAAAAUGGGGUGGACUGCCAGAAACUAGAGCAAGAAGCUAAUUGUACUACAGCACUGCAUACUGACAAGGGUGAUAUUGUGAUCACACAAAGUGAAACCGGCAAUGAUAUAGUACCUACUGAAGAUACUGAUGAGACAAUGGUAUUUGAACCAGUGAUCUCAGGACACAAUCUUAAAGAAACUGUGACUAUGGAACAUCAGUCAAAUAGCAGCAUGCCAACUUGUACUAUGAUCUCAAGUAAUAAGCUGAAUGCCACUCCUAUAAAUUUACAUUCAGAAUCUAAAAUCACUGUGGAUAAUUCCAGUGAUACCAUAGGUGAACUGAAUGUCAAUAAUUCACAUGUUCUAAGUCAUUCAUCUGUGUCAACUGAUCAAGAAGCAGCUGAAGCGACAAAUUCAAGCAAAGCCAAAGAAGGCCAUGGAAGUAGCAAAAACAGCAGGAGCAGUAACUUUGUACAUAGCAAAUGGAGAGAAUUUAAUCAUGACACCAGCGAAAAGGAUGGGCCUUCACAUGUAGCCGAAAGAAAUCAAUCAAAAGAAAAAACUUUAAAUAGCACAUUGCACGAGAGUGAGAAAAUAUACAAGGUGCAGCCUGCAGAAGUGACUGGAAAUAUGGAAAUGGCAAGUAAGCCAUCCACAAGUCAAGUAACAAGUGAAACAUCAGGCUCUUUAACUUCCUGUAAGAAGACUACCUCCUCUGUUGAUAUUUCCACAAUACGUUCUAUAAACAAGAAAGAUGGCAAAGGACAGAGUCGUUUACAUCUUGCUGUGAUGAAAAGGGACUUGCUUUUAGCUGGACAGCCCUUCACGAAGCUUGUGACAGAGGCUUUAUUGAAGGCAUACAAGAAUUACUAA